AUGGCUGAGGAGCUGGAACAGGCGCAAACUGAGCAGGUUGUGCAGGAGCUGAUGGAGAAGAGAGAGCAGCCUGGUUGUGCAGGAGCUGAUGGAGAGGAAGGGACAGCUUGGCCACCAGAGCAGGAGCAGGGGCAGGAGCAGGAGCAGGGGCAGGAGCAGGGGCAGGAGCAGGGGCAGGAACAGGGCAGGAGCAGGGGCAGGAGCAGGGGCAGGAACAGGGGCGGGGGAGGGAGCAGGGGCAGGGGCGGGAGCAGGGGCAGGGGCGGGGGAAGAAGCAGGGGCAGGAACAGGGGCGGGGGAGGGAGCAAGGGAGCAGGAGCUGGGGCAAUCUGA